GUAAGGCUAAAUGGGGCGUGGCUAAUUAACUGGGUGUGGUUCUCGUUGUCAUGACAGCCUUUAUAAAAAGGGGCGGUCAGUGGUUGCUAUGUCAACUAGAUGAGAUGAACAGGGUACCGGCCAUGAACAGGACAAGAUCGAGCAAUCAUCAGUCUCCUAAUGGGGCCCUCUCUCUCCUCGCUAGAGGGACGGGAUUGAUUGAUGGUGGAGUCGAGAUAGAGUGCUAUUCCCAGGACUCCCGUGAUCUCUCGGGACAGCCAUUUACGAAACCCUCUCAGUCUCGUGAAGGACAGUAUGCUAAGAUAUACAAGCCACAUGUUCUCAAUCUCUCCAAGACCUAUGUAACCCAACGUGGAAAUCUAGUUCUCUUUACGUCUCCUGAUGAUAUGAUCAUUGGACAGGCAUGUCAGCUUCAUGAACACGAGCGAAUCCAGAGAGUUAAGUCACUGUCUCGAAAUGCAGUCCACGAUAUUAAAACAACCAAUGCAUUUGCUGCAUUAGUUCUUACUUAUGAUACUGAAAAGGAUUCAGAGGAUGAUGGUCGCACUAUUAUAAAACCUGGCAACUUCACUGGUGUUUAUAUAGAGAGUCUUACCAAACUAACAAAAAAAAUGACUGAUGGCGUACCUGAGGAAAGAGAUGGUGAUGUUCAUCCAGCUGAGAGUGACUCUGGACUUGAUUCUUGUACUUAUCCAACUCCUAAUGGUUGUGUCUCUGUUAUUAGCUAUCAGUCAGAAUUACAGCCAACUACCACUGAUAUUAGCAUACCUGAUGGGCAAGGAGAUGAAUUGUAUGAGGGAGGGAUUCAGGUUCGGUUUGAUGACAAUGUUGAUUUUAUUUGCGAGGACAAUAAUUACAGUAGACAAGACAAUAGUAAUGACAGUAUCGUAGAUUUAAUGGUCUCAUUGACUGCAUCAUCUCAAAAUCAGGAAUUAGACAACCCUUCUUCGUCAAAGAGUGGUGCGAAAAAGAAAGCCUCAGCAAGUAAAACUUCAACGAGUAUGAAAAAAGCAAAAGCUGAUCAAAAUGUUUUAAAAACUACUGACAGCAGCAAUUGUAGUGCCAAGAAGAUCAGUAAGCUAACCAAGAAACGAAGCAAGAAGCAGAAGAGGGGAAGAGAUGGCUCAGAGCUAACGUCACCAAAUAAUUCACAAGUCAUAACACCUCUUGAACUAGCAAGUGAUUUGACUGACGUAAACAUUGAUGAAAUACCUGAAGGAACAGAAGAGCUAGUCCUAGAGAAAACUGAUGGGCUAAAACGAUCAGAUCUUCAGUCGGCUAGAGCAGAGAAAAGGAGACUUGAGAUUGAGAGAAAAAGAAAAGAAAAGAAAGAAUUAGAGAUGCAGAAAGCUCAAGAGCUUGCCAUGCAAGCUGAGCUAAGAGAGAGGCUUACAUCUUAUGAAGAGGAGCCAGAAAUCAACAAAGAGAAUGUAGAAGAGAAGAGCAUCAUAUCACUCUUAGAUGAUGGAAUGGAAGUUCCAGAAGAAACUACUGAUAAACCACCUGUAAUAAACUUAAAAGAAUUAUUAGAAAGUGAAGAACCUCCUCCGACUACUACACCUUUAAUGGAGAAAGAACCAUCAGAAUCAGCUGUACUGAAGAAAGCUCGAGAGGCAAGAGAGAAGGCACAAAUGGAGGAAAUGAAAAGGAGAGAGUCACUGAAGGAGCAGCAGAUGGUGAAGGAGCAGCAGAUGGUGAAGGAGCUAGAAGUAGAAUCACAGAAUAAAGUAAAGGCAGACCAGGAGCAUAAGGAAGAGGUUUUGAGAGAACAGUCUAUUAAGGAGUUAGGCAAGAAGCUUAAAGGGAAAGAGCAACUUAAUUAUAAAAUGAGGUUAGAGUUGGAAGCUCAGAAACAUCAUCAGCAAAAAAGUCCACAUGUUUUCAGCUACUUUUCCAACAUUCCUCCAAAACAAAAUAAAGAUAAUAGUAAUAAUAAAAAAAGGAAACCUAAGUUUACAUUAAAGAAAAAGCCUAAGUCUUGAUACUUCCUUUUUUUGAUAACUACGUUCAUGUCAUUUCUGUAAAUAAUUUCUGUGCAUCAAAUUUUUGUCAUUUUCCAUGUAAUUUUCCAUGUAAUUUUUCAAUUUUUAAAUUCUAAACUUUUGCAGUUCACAGCA